CAGCGCCAAACUAAAUGACCCGUUCUCCAUACUGCGUCCAAGAAAGCCAUCGCCGCUGCAUUCCAGCCAUCACCACCGGCAACGAGCUACUACAAGCUGCUGUGUGACGGCGUCUCUUUCGGUCUCUCGCUCGUUUUGUCCUAUCGCAUCGUUGUUCGUCGCUUUCCUUUGCGCCCAUCUACGCCGUUACUCCCCUGGCCGGGAGAUUUCUUCCCUUCUUGCGAGCUUCUGUUGUUGCUCGUUGCACAAAUUAUUCCAAUUAGCAACAGGAGUCCUAGGCUAUAGCUGGAAAAUUCGCUAUAUCAAGCUCAAGAAACUCGCUCGUUUUUAUCGUAAUCAACAAUCCCAUAACCCACCAUGGCAGACAGUCGAGAAACCACGGCGUCAACCACGCCUCAGCCCGACAUGACGCGCAACAGAUUGCCGACCCUUUUCGAGGUUUUGAGCCGUCGCACCCUUCCUCCUGUUGAUCUUUUCUCGUUCUAUAUUUAUAUGCGAGACCAGCAGCGAUCUGUUGACUAUCUGGACUUUUGGCUGGAUGUCUCACAACACAUGUCGCUUUGUCGCCAUUACGUCCGUGAACUUCGAAGAUCAGUUCUUAUAGCGACUCCGGACCUAGAGAAGACAUCUAAGCGAUCGUCUCAAAUAAUGGAGCUUGGCGACCUUGAGUCUCGUGCGGCUGGUCCAUCGGGGUACCCAACUGAAAAGGAAAGAGAUCACGACGCCCAUAUGUCGGCCUUCUUGCGCGAAGAUCAGAGCCAUGAGUCUCCCCAGACGCAGAGCGGCUCGAAUCACACGAAGCCCAGCCCUCCAUUCAGUCUAUCUCACGAUGCGACGGAUUCAAACUCUCCGGCUCAUACGGUUGCUCGACAGGAUAUUAGGGCCUCUGCCGAGAAAAUUCUCUAUACAUUCUUGAUGCCUGGAGCUGAGAGAGAAAUUACUCUGCCCGGAUCGAUCACCCAGGACGUCACGGCUAACAUUGAAGAGUACGGUCGAGAUGAUCCGGAAGUCUUUGAUGUAGCCAAGGACUACGUAUUCCAGGCGAUGGAACGAGAUGCUUUUCCCGGUUUCUUGCGAAUGAAGGCAUUGGGCAAUCUUAUUCCCCCGACGCUUGUUAUGCGUCUCAUCAUUGGACUUGUCGCCAUGUUUGGAGCGUUUUGGACUUCGUUCAUCCUCAUCUUUCUUGAUAAAUCUAGAGCACUUCGAUGCUGGCUCAUUCUUCCAUUCACUAUUGGCGUUUAUUUCCUUGCGUCAUAUCAAUACUCCCUAGACCCUAUCUUGGCACUCAUCGGAUUCAGCGAGUACACGCCCUUUAACUUCUCGCGCAUUAGAGAACCCUAUGUUCGCCGCCUCCUUGCGAAGCGAGCUAUGAUGGUACUGGCUGUGACUCUCCUGAUUGAUGCUGGACUGUGUGUUCUGUUCAUUCUUGUCCCGGGCAAGAGACUCUAAAUCUUGCUUCGCAUGUCUUUCUCAGCCAGGGCAUGCCGGACAUCACUGGCUUGUACGCAAAAGCUUGGACACAGGCCAUCUCCGUGCGCGUACCGUCGAGAGCAAGAUUAAUUUAAUUCAAAUAACGACCGUUACGAACAAUUUUUUUACAGGGUUUCAUCGGGCGACAGGAUACCUUUCCCCUUAAACCAAGACCCGAGAAAGAGACCGAUAGGGACUUUGGCGUGAGCUUUUAGACUUUUUUUUUUAUAUAUAUACACACCCACACACAUGUUUUCAUUUCAUUCUAUCUGUAUUACAGGCAAAUUGUAUCAUCAGCCGUGGCUUAGAGUUGCUAGUUCAACGUUUUAUAUUUCUCAAUAAUAUCAAGGUACUGGAUGGCUUGCAACUUGUUAAAGUCAUGUAUUAUAUCAUAUUUCGUCGUGACUAUCUAAAUUUACAACAC